GCUCCGCCCCCCUUCUCUAUUGUCUGCUUUCUCUCUCUAAGGUCUUAGUGAGAGAAAGCUCGUACCGAUUCACAGAGAGAGAAGAAAGAGACCGUACAAAGCCUUUUAGUGAAAAGGAGAGAUUAAUGGAGGGGAAAAGGUAUGCGGUGUUGCUGUGUGCGGAGGAUUCCGAGUACGUAAGGAAGAAGUACGGAGGGUAUUUUGGGGUUUUCUUCAGAAUGCUGGCGGAGGAAGGCGAGACUUGGGACGUUUACAAGGUGGUUUCCGGCGAGUUCCCGGAGGAGGACGGUGAUCUCGACGUCUACGACGGAUUCGUCAUCACCGGCAGCUGCAAUGACGCCCACGGAAAUGACGCCUGGAUCCAUCGCCUCAUCACUCUCAUUCAGAAACUCGAUUCCAUGAAGAGAAAUCCUCGGCAUUGCUUCGGUCACCAGAUACUGUGCCGUGCAUUGGGCGGGAAGGUGAGUCGGUCUCCCACUGGUUGGGACAUCGGCGUGAGAACCAUAACGUUAACAUCACCAUCGCCGCCUUGGUCUCCGACGUCUCUCGUGCCGCCGUCAAAGCUGUCCAUAAUCCAAUGCCAUCGCGAUGAGGUGAGAGAAAUUCCGGCGAAGGCAGAGGUGAUAGGUUGGUCGGAGAAGACGGGGGUGGAGAUGUUUAGGAUGGGAGAUCACAUAAUGGGGAUCCAAGGCCACCCUGAGUACAACCUUGACAUCCUUUUUCACCUCAUCGACCGCCUUGUUCAGCGUCACCUCAUCCUGGAAGCUUAUGGCGUGGAAGCUAGGGCUAAGAUGGGGUUGGCAGAGCCUGAUAGGGAGGCUUGGAAGAAACUCUGCACCACUUUCCUCAAGAGUCGCUCAUGAAUUAUUAUUAAAAUGGUUGUGAAUGCGAGAAUGAGGGAGAAAAGUGGUUUGAUUAAUGACAAGAAUUAAUAUUUGCCAGAACUGGACAAGUCUUGGUGAAUAUGGAUAUCAGAAUCUUUUAUAUAUACAACUC